GAGAAGAAUAAAUAUAUUAAUACUAUAAAACAAUAAAAAUAUAGAACAAAUUUGUUAUGCAAACAAUGAGUUGUUGAACCAUCAUUAUGAGACACUUGUAUGCAACCAAACCUCUACUCCAGAUAGAGGCAAUUUGAGAGAGAGAGAUCCAGAGAGAGAUCCAGAGAGAGAGACCCAGCGAGAGAGAGAGACUGGCUGGUUUAAAAGAGAGAGAGAGAGACUUGAUCCAGUAGGUGGCGCUAACACUCAUUGCAAACACACUCAUAUGUCUCUUCAGGGAAUCUGAUGAAGUAUGUGCAAUUUGGGACCGAUUGCUCAAACUUCAUUUUCACACCGACCACUAGUUGGCGCUAUCACUAUUAGUGUGUAUGCAGUGAUAGCGAUAGCCUAGACUUGAUCAGGUGUUGUCUCUGAUCAUGUGACAGAAUUUUGGAACCAAUUGCUCAAACUUCAUUUUCACUGUCCAUGACUCCAUGGAAAGUAAUAUGUCACAGAGUCAUUGUCAGUUAUCUGAAUUCAUAUAAAUACUGAAGACACGAGAAUAAAACUUGGUUAAAUUAAUAGGUAAGUGUCUGUCUGUUGAGUACAGCCUUGUUUGUCAGUUAUCUAGUAUAUGCAACAAAAUCAGCUGCCUCUCAACUGGGUGUCAACAAAGGAAUCUGCCUUUACAUCAGUGGCCAUUUCUGUUGACCUCUAAGAGCUACUGCUACCAAGAUUUAACCCUGCACUUACUGCAUUUCCAUUGGCUGAUAGAAACACCGCUCAGGGAACUAACUGGGACUCCUCUCCAGAGUCGAGUCAAGUUCAUUGAUUUAAACUGGUUUACGAGUGUCAGAGUUGAGAGGAAUAAACUUAACAACGUCACUGCAAACAUGGUAAAACCUAGCUUGCGAACCAAAGCUAAGAGUCACCUUGAUGCUACAGACCGGUCGGUUACUGUGCAGUGUUACUGCUCUUGUGUUGUCACUGAUGCUGACGUGUGCGUUCUCACAGGCUGAGAAGAGACACUGCUGGGACCUGAGGAGGGCGAUGGAUAAGCGCCUCGCUGACGAGCGGCACAGAAUGCAGGCGGCUAAGAUUUGUGAAGGAGAUCGGCAGCUCCUUGCCGUAAUGAAGCAGGAGGUGGGCAGGCAGGAGAGGAGGAGACUCAUUUGGCAGGCUGGGGACGUAAUAAAGAGAAUAAAGCCACUUGAAAAAAAGGAGAGGUUAGCUAAAGAGCUGGAGCUUCAGCAGUACAUCGAAGAGAACAGUUUGAAGCUUCGAGAAUUGGAGUUGAAUCUGAAAUAUGCAUCUCUGAACAAGGAGAGAGCUGCACUGAUUUCAGAGCAGGAGGCCAUGCGGUCUAAUACCAUGAAACUGGAGGCUACAGAAGAGUGACAGAGGGAGGCGCUGCUGGGACAGACAGAUGAAGAAGAGAGAAAGAGCUCCAGUGUGGGAAUCAUGAAUCAUUUUACACAGCCUCAUUCCUUCUGCUGAUCAAACAAGUGUUUGAUCAUCAGUGUAUCUUGAUUCAUUCUUUAAAUAAAUCUUUAAUACAAAGGGAGAUUUUUGUUCCAGAACAUUGUUCUCUGAAGAUAGCCAGGUCAUGAUUAGGUUCUGUAGGUCAACAAGUCAUUGAAGAGAAUUGUUGGGAACAAUGUUUGGUUUCAGUUGCAGAAAGUACGACAGGAAUGUGUUCAGCAGCUGCUAGAGUCAAAUAUUCAGAUUCAUUUUAGUAAAACAAGAUUUCAAGAUUCCCUUUGUGAGUGCCAAUGCUCACACAGCAUCACACUUUCUCAUCUCUCCCAUCAACAUGGGAUCAACAUGAGAACAAGCUGGUCACAAAUAACACACGCAAACAAUCUCUUUAUCUUUACACACAGUAUAAAACGUAGACUUGACCUAGAUUUUUCCCCCCAGUCACUUUAUUUGCAAUACAUAUAGAAUAUAUAGACAAUACAUUUUUGAAUAAAAGAUCUAUAUUAUAAAAUAUGACUCAAUUGAAAUCAGGAGUGUACACCGACCCGAGCUGCACCCAGCAUGUGAACCACGGGGUGUUGGCUGUGGGCUACGGGUCUCAGAG